UGUGACCAAUGACGUUCAUUUCCAGCCUUAUUUUCCUUAGUAAUAAUUGAUGUGUCGGGGUAAUACUCUUGUAGUGUGAAACUUUGCAUUAUUAUCGGUUUUAGUGACUAAAAAUGUGUGCAAAUUUAGUGUAAAUGAGUUAUAGUGAUGUGGAUAAUCGUCCUGAAUCUGCUAGUGCAUCUGGGCAAUGAGCACAAGGAUUGAUAUUGAGUGAAAUCCAUUUGAAGGUUAUAUUAUUAUCUCCUGAUAUAUUAAUUCGUUCCUGAGUGCAGAGUUGUAAGGGCUUAAAGGCAUGUAUUUAUCAUGCAGCGAUGCACAGAGAUACAAGAAUGAGAAAAUCGACGAGGCUCGACAAGAAAAUGCCAAGAAUUGUUGAUUUGGAAAUUUGGAAGCACAGCAAAUGGAGAACUGUUCAAAGUGUUCACCCUUUAAGAUAAUAGGAAACGUGAUGGUGUAGAUGAAGAUCUUAUAGUUAACAUUCCAUUAAUAAUUGUGCCAUAAUUCUAAGCCAUUAGUGAAACCAAGUGAACUGUGAACCAAUUUCACCAAAGUGAAAGAGUUAGUACUUCCGUACUAAAUAAAAUACGUAGUUAUGAUUGAUGAUGAUCAAUCCCUAAUUAGAAGCUCUUUGGUAUACCUAAAACAAAGGGUGAAAAGAAUCAAACAUACAAGAUGCGUAUUUGGACCGUCAACUCUAAGGAAAUGUGUAGUAGCAGUUGUGAUUUUCAGCAUUAUCCUGAUUAUAAUUUAUUCGAGACAAACUAGAACACCAUACUUAGCCAAAUUUAUUAAAUCGAAUACACGACCAGAACCAAACAUAAGGUGUGGUGUUGAGCAUGGCCUACGAAUUCUACAGAAUCACGACCACAAAACCGAUGCUCGCUUAAAAAGUGAUCCGAAAGUCUUGGUUUUUGUCGAAACCAUAUUUUCAAAGUUGGGAAAAGAUAUUGCCGAGUUGCUUGUUCACACCAGAAUCAAGUACAAAGUAGAAGUCACCGGCAAGAGCUUACCAGUGCUGACCAAUUUAGAUAAGGGCCGAUAUGGAGUUAUCAUCUUUGAAAACUACAAUAAAUAUUUGCAAAUGGACAAUUGGAACCGAGAACUCCUGGAUAAGUACUGCAGAGAGUAUUCUGUCGGAAUUAUCGGUUUUAUACCUGCCGAGGAUGAGACUUAUGUAGGGUCGCAACUAAAAGGUUUCCCACUAUUCAUUCACACAAAUUUAAAAUUGAAAGAUGCGACUCUUAAUGCAGCCUCUGAAAUAUUGCGACUAACUAGAGCAGGAGAAACAGCUUGGGGCGACCUACCGGGCAACGAUUGGACGAUUUUCAAAGCCAAUCAUUCCACAUAUGAACCUUUGGAAUGGGCGCAUCGCAAUGACUUUUUUCCAAUCAAUGAAAGUAUGUUCUUAAGCAACAAAUUAUUUCGGAUUUCUUGUAACCGAUUGAAUCUGGCAGGUGGUGUAAAAACUCCUUUGCCAACAGUUAUCCAGGACCAUGGACUUUUUGAUAACAUCCAGAGAAUCAUAUUUGGUUCGGGAUUGAAGUUUUGGCUGCAUCGGUUGCUUUUUCUAGACAGUCUUAGCUACCUUAGUCAUGGCCAUUUGAGUUUAUCUUUGGAACGGUCCAUCCUGGUAGAUGUUGACGACAUUUUUGUAGGCGAUAUUGGGACAAGACUUAAACCCGACGAUGUGGAGGCAUUGAUUAAUACUCAAAAAAGGCUGAGUGCAUCAGUGCCGGGGUUCAAAUUUAACCUGGGAUUUUCCGGGAAAUAUUUCCACCAUGGAAACAGUGAGGAAGAUAAAGGGGACGACUUAAUAUUGGAAAACGUUGAGAAGUUUAUGUGGUUUUCGCAUAUGUGGAAUCAUCAACAACCUCAUUUGUAUGACAAUCUUAGUCUGUUGAUGGACGAUAUGGUGCUAAACAAGAACUUCGCCAAGCAACACCGAAUUCCCAUUGAUUCGGGUUAUUCGAUAUCUCCUCAUCAUUCAGGCGUCUACCCCGUGCACGACUUACUGUACAUAGCCUGGAAAAAAGUCUGGAAAAUUCGAGUCACCUCCACCGAAGAAUAUCCGCAUCUACGGCCAGCAAGACUACGAAGGGGUUUUAUCCAUAGAAACAUAAUGGUGCUUCCAAGACAAACUUGCGGAUUAUUCACCCAUACCAUGUUCAUAGAUAAAUACCCUGGCGGUAGAGAAAAGCUAGACGAAUCUAUCCAAGGCGGCGAACUCUUCCAGACAAUCGUCUACAAUCCAAUAAACAUCUUUAUGACCCAUAUGUCGAACUACGGCAACGAUCGCUUGGGCCUCUACACGUUUGAAUCGGUGAUUAAAUUCGUUCAGUGUUGGACGAACAUCAGGCUCACUUCUGCUCCCCCGUUGCAAUUGGCUGAGAAUUACUUUAAGCUGUAUCCACGCGAAUCUGAUCCUAUUUGGGGGAAUCCGUGUGACGAUGUACGGCAUCAAAAGAUAUGGUCUAAGAACAAGUCGUGCGACUCUUUGCCCAAGUUUCUUGUCAUCGGGCCGCAAAAGACUGGAACCACUGCACUUUCUACUUUUUUAUCCCUACAUCCAUCCAUUGCUAGUAAUGUGCCUAGUCCGACAACUUUCGAAGAAAUUCAAUUUUUUAACGCUCAGAAUUACCUAAGAGGCUUGGAUUGGUAUAUGAGUUUCUUCCCCAGUGACACAAACUCUUUAACUCGUUACUUCUUCGAGAAAAGCGCAACAUACUUUGAUGGGGAAUUGGUGCCAAGACGAGUCCACGCGCUUCUUCCUUAUGCCAAGCUAAUAACAAUUUUAAUAUCCCCAGCCAAACGGGCCUAUUCUUGGUAUCAACAUACGAAAGCACACCGCGACAAUGUUGCGAACAAUUUCAGUUUCCACCAGGUGAUCACCGCUAGUGAUGCUGCGACUAAAGACUUAAGAGAUCUGCGAAAUAGGUGUCUGAAUCCGGGAAAAUAUGCACAGCAUUUGGAAAGGUGGAUGAGUUAUUUCCCGCAAGCUUCAAUCCACAUUAUCGAUGGAGAUCAGUUGAAGUCGAAUCCGAUCGAAGUAAUGAACGAACUGCAAAAGUUCUUAAAAAUUACUCCUUUUCUAAACUAUACGGAACAUUUAAGAUUCGAUAAGAGGAAAGGCUUCUUUUGCCAAGUCAAGGAAGGUAGUACGAAAUGUUUAGGACGCAAUAAAGGCCGGCAAUACCCUCCGAUGGAAGAGAGGUCCCUUAAAUAUCUCCAAAGGUACUACCUUAGUCACAAUACAGCCUUAGUGAAGUUGUUUAAUAAAAAUGGUAUUCGAUUAAUCCCAAAGUGGCUGAAGGAAGAUUUAUCCGAUCAAAACGACACCGACAGUUAAUAAAGCAGUUCAUAUGGACUGGUUUAUUACUAAUUGCUCUUUGUUGUUUUUCCAAUGAUAAAUCCUCCUCUUAAAGUUUCAUCCGUUUACUAAUUUGUAAGGCUAAGUCUCGGUUUUUUUGUACAUACAAUACAGUUAUAUGUAGUCAUAUCGCUGUAAAUUCAUUAUUUAAUGUAAAUAACAGUUCUGGCUGGCCCAUAACAGCCACCUUGCUUUUCUCAUUCAACUACUUUCAUGUUUGCUUCCCAUACACAUGGGUGUUUAGAAAACUUCACGUGUAAGCGAGUUCACAUGGAUAUUGAGCAAUAGGAGAUAUAAAUGAAUCACUUCUCAAUGAUCUGCUGUGUAUAGUCAUUAUAAUCAAAAUAUUCCAGUUUUGGCUAUUCCGUUUGUUAAUUAAUUGGGCCUGACCGCUGAUGUUUUCUAAUACACUCUGUAUAUGAGAGCGUUUACACGUCGUAAGACCAAUGGUAAAAAUCGACGUAGUCGAGUAUUGUUUCACAUAUCAUCUCAGCAAUAUGUUUAAAUAUUUUUAUACCAAAUAUUUUAUAUAUAUUAGUUGCUAAGUUUUAUCACUAUAUUUUAAGAUUGUUCAUUGUAUGUGUCGCGUAAAUCAUUUUCUGUUGCUCAGUCAUCACAAAACUUGCACGCAUUUUAGAUAAAUUAUUUUUUUAUUGCGGUUUUAAUUGUUAUGUAAAUUGACCCAGAACGACAGCAAUGUGGAUGGCCUAAUUGCAAAGAAGCGCUUUUCUGCUCGAUAUUUUCGACUUUUGAAACAUUUUAAGCACUCUUACUAAACGAGUAGUUGAGUGUUGCUGUUAAGAGAUUAAGUAAAAAAGCCGUUUUAAUCGGACAGGAUAAAUGUUGAGACAAAAUUGUCCUAUAGCCAGUGUGGAAUGAAAUCUUAUAAAUUAAAUGUUGUAAAUGUUCAUCCAAAGUCACAAAUCCAUUAUCAAUCAUACAUAUACAUACACAUAUAGUAAUAAUGUACAAUUCGUUAUAACUGGAAAUGAGUGCAAUAGGAUAUCUUAACGUCCAAUAAAACUUAAUCGUAAGAAUCUAAUGAUAAUCAUGAACUAAAUGUGUUGAAGACUUUUAGGAGUAUCGGCUUAUUGCAAAAUUUUAAUCAAAUUUUAAAAUGUUUAUGGUACAUUGUGAAGAUAGUAGCGAAGAAGUUAAAAUGGGUUCACAUAUACAAAAAGGUAGAUUUUAAGUAAUAAUAAUGCGAAUAUUCAGUGGAACCAAUUUUGCUUCUAAUAUUAAUGUUAUCCGCGACUAGGUAAAAUUAACAAGUUAUUCAACUCAUUCAUUGUCCUCAUGGAUAUUUCAUAGUCUAUUAUAAGUACGUGUACACUUAGUUAAAAAUUAAAACAUAUCUAUAUGACUGAACGUUCGCAGAUUGUAGUAUUCUAACAUGGAUCUAAAUAUUUUUUACUAUGUAAGAAUGUUCCAUUCAGUUUGUUUUUUAGGGUAUUAGUGGUUGUAUCACGACCUGAAAUGUACCUGCUUUAUUUAAUGUUUUAGAUAAUACUUUAGGAGCUAAUUUAGCCUUAAACGCAAAUUUUUUGUUAGUCUAGCUUUUAACACUAACAUUUUCGGUUUCGUAAUUUUUUACAAUGUUUGCAGCAGUUACUUUGCUGCAUAUCUCAGUAAGAGUGUUAAUGUAAUAUUUCUUGAAUAUUGAAGUUUUACGGUGAGAAUAUAUUACGUUAAGCAAGGAAUAAUUUGGUAAAUCAGUCACUUGACUUACUUUAAAGAAGUCACUGCAACUAAUUUUAUUGCCUUAUAUUUAUGUAAUUUAUAAAUUAUGAUUCGAUGAUUUUUACUUCUCUCAUGGCAGCUUUUGUGCUUCGACCACUUUAAGCUUUACUAAAAUUCGGACAAUAACUGACAUAUAUGUUCAUUUCUUUUAAUAUACCUUCUAUGUAA